GAAUUAUUAUGAACAAACUUUCUAAAAAUAGUAAAUAUCUUUAUUUGUUGAAAAAUACUUUAUUGAACGUGUAUCUAGUCAUAAAAAUAACAGGGGUAUAUCAGUUAUUUGACAAAUGAAAUUUAAAAAUUAAAUAAAUAACAGAAACCCUAGACAAACGGGCAAUAUUAAAAAAAUAAAUAAAAUAAAAUCUCAUGGCCGCAAUAGCGCAAAGAACUAAAAUAUAAAUAGAUUUAUCCCAAAAUCUAACCUAAUUCAAGAAAAUACAGUGGCAGAGAAAUUGCGUAGACACUGAACAAAAGAAAAAAAGAAAAAAGAAAAAGGCAAAUCCUAAAAUGAAAAAGAAUGAAGGAGAAAAAUUGCAGAGAGAAGAGAGAAAAACUUGUGUGGCUACCGCAGAAUUAGCAAUUUCUCCAUAAAAAUUAAUUUCCUUUCUUUUUCUUUUCCCAAUUAUUAUUCCUAUUUUUCGCAUUUGUCAGCCUUGUCCAUCAAUAGCGCGGUAAAUCCAACAAACAAAAAUUAAAAACAAAAAGAUUUUGCUGCCCAUUUCAUCUUUCUUCUCGUUCUUUAUAGUUGUUUUUUUUUAUUAAAAAAAAAAGAAAUUUAUUUAUUAAUAAAUUUUUUUUCCCAUCACAAUCUCAGUUUCUAUGCGUACAAGGCGCGAAGCAAUUAGUGGGGGAGUUGGAUACAAUAAAGAGCAAUGGCUGAUGAAGCUGUCGCUAGCGGUGGUGCCAGCGGCGGCGGUGGUGGGGAGGAGGUUGGAACAUCAUCGUCAUCGGGUGGUUCGUCGCCAAAGAAUAGAAUGAAGUUCUUGUGUAGUUAUGGCGGGAAAAUAUUGCCCAGACCUGCUGAUGGCCUCCUUAAAUAUGUUGGUGGAGAGACACGUGUCAUUGGCGUUCCUAGAGAUACCAACUUCUCAGAGUUAAUGAAGAAGCUGAAAUCAGAAUUUGAAGGGGACAUGGUCCUGAAGUACCAGGUGAUGCCUGAAGAGCUUGACGUAUUGGUGUCUGUAAGGACUGAUGAGGAUCUGAAGCACAUGCUCGACGAAUAUGAUCGCCAUGAAAGUGGAGGAACUUCAAAGCUUCGAGCCUUCUUGUUCCCUUCCACUCCUGUAAUACUCGAGAACCAAAAUGGCCCUGCAGAUCCUCAUGCAGUAGAACAGCGUUACAUUGAUGCCAUCAACAACACGGUUCGUUCAGCCAAUUGUAGACCUCCCACUAUCAUUGCAAACCGUCCUUCCUUUAGCCUCUCUGCUUCCUCUUCUCCGAAAGGCAAUUCCCCUGAUGGUAACACCAUGGAUGCUACUACCCAUGAGCAUAUUUUCAUGAAUAGCUAUCAUAGUAAUAGAUUUCCUAUGCAUAAAGUACAUAGUUCUCCUAGUCUCUACAAUCUCAAUGCUCCUCACCAUCAAAGUAACAGCCACGGCAAUCCCCAUUAUUAUCAACACCAUCACCAUCAUCAGCAGUAUCAGCAGCACUAUCCACAUAGCUACCAAUCUUCUUCUAGACUACCUCAUGAACCUCAGAGGCUAUUACCAUCUUUAUCGCUGGGGCGGCCUGACUUUGGGAGGACACCCUUUAGUCCUCUCAAUCAGUACCACUCGAACGUAAACAAUGCGGGGAGCUCGAAUGUACAUAACAAUUGGAGCUCAAGCGGACAUAAUUUUGGGAGUGGAAGUCUCAACAGACAUAGCUGCUAUGAGGAGCAGCACUCUGGUUAUGGGUGUAGGACAAUUGAAAGACUGGAUGGUCUAUCUCCAAGUCCCAAGAAUAAAAUUCUGGAGUAGAGUCAUACAAUUAUCGACUAGCUGAUUUGAAGAGCUUAAAGAUGGUAUAGAAGAUUUCUUUUUUGUUUUUGGUUCUUUUUCUUUAUUAUUUUCCCUUCUUUCUAUACAUAUUUUGUUUGUUUUCCCCAGAAAAAGGAAAAGAAAAAAAGAAAAAGAUAAGGUUGAAACAUGUUCACCUUAUGUUUUGGGUGUAUUAUAUGAUUGUGUUCUUGAGUAGGUUUGAAUGUUGCUUGUGAAGCAGCUGCAAAAGCUUUGUACACAUUUAAGAAACUAUAGUUAUUAUUAUGUUUGAAGAAUUUUUCUUGGUUUUUA